AUGGAUUUUCUGGUCGGCACGUUCUACACGCCGAAACUGUUCACGUUACGCUUCACACCGAGCAAGGACACUUCGAAAUGCAAAUUGGACGUACAGCACACUUCCGAAGCCAUAGGUGGACACUCAUGGCUCUCUCUAUCCGCCGACAAAACACGCCUCUACACCACAGUAUGGGCCUCACCACCUGCUGUAGCUUCCUACCGCAUUGAACCUGAUCACACCCUAACAUUCUUAAACUCUCAACCCGUACGCGCAAUGAGUGGCUACGUAUGCUCAUCACCCACAACCCUCUACUCAGCCGGCGGACCCACUGGCGAAGUGUUUUCCUUGGCCCCUGACGGUAGCAUCGGUCCCUUCAUCCAAACCCUAGAGUUCCGAGAUCAAGGCGGCAGCGAAAACGACGGAGCUAGAUCUGGAGUCAAACACGGAGAUUUCGGAGGUUUGAGACAUGGUGCUCACUCUGUUGAUCUCUCUGCUUCUGGGAACCAACUCUUCAUUGCGGAUAUCGGACACAAUUGUGUCUGGAGCUACAAUGUUUCCUCAACCUCUCAACAACCAGGAAAACUAGAAAAUCGCCAGAAGUGGACCGCGAGCAGGGAAAACGACGGACCUAGACAUACUUGGCCGCAUCCGAAUGGCAAAAUACUCUAUUCGGUGCAGGAACACAGUUGUUAUGUGGAUACACUAUCAAUCUCGAACAAAACAAGCCUGAACCUCAUAUCUGGUGCAAGAAUUAUCCCGAGGAACAAGGAUGAAAAGAAUUACUGGGCCGACGAAGUGAGGCUGAGUAGACCUGCUUCUGGCCCACCGAGAUAUCUAUAUACGUCAACGCGCGGUUUAGAGAAAGAGACGAAAGGUUACGUGGCGGUGUUUGGGCUGGACGAAAAUGGCUUGGUGCAGGGAGAGGCUUUUGAUAUCUUUGAGACUGCGACGAGCGGUGGCAUCGCUAAUGCUAUCGAACCUGCGCCGAUGGUUGAGGGCCAAGAAGCAGAGUACCUGGCUAUGACGGACAGUCAGGAGGGGUAUGUGUUCAUGCUGGCUUUCGAUGGCAAGCAGAUCACGGAAAUCGCACGGACACAGUUGAUAGGAGAAGAUGGCAAAACUCUGGCCGCUGCUACAGCAGUGUGGUUAUGA